ACCACACCUACAGGCUGACACGCUUUACCAACCUAUCAAACAGGAAGUCUUUGUACAGAAUAAAGAAACACCUAAAAAAAAACCCUAAAGAACUGAAACAACAUAAUGGAGUCUUACAAAUUAACAGAAUUAUCUGGUAAUGAAAAUUUUAACCCUGAAGAGGAAAAAAAAUUAGCUGCUUCCAACCAUCUCUCUGAGCUGCGGCUUAUCCUUUUGGGUUGGCGGUGGCCUGGGAAAAGCCUGACUGGAAACACUAUACUGGGGCGUGAAGAAUUUCGGCUAGAACGAGCAGCUGAAUUCUCUGUGAAGCGUGAUGCAGAGCGCCACGGUCGCAAGCUGACUGUUGUGGAUACGCCAGGAUGGUUUUCAGCUCAGACCACUCCAACAGCUUAUCAACAGGAGAUGGCUCGUAGCCUGGGUAUGUGCCCACCGGGGCCACAUGCUUUCCUACUUGUCGUGCCUGUAGGCAUGUUCACAGAAAUGGACCGAGCAAGAAUCGAGGAGAACUUGGUGGUGUUUGGUGAGGCCGUGUGGAGGCACACCAUGGUGGUGUUUACAUGGGCUGAAGUGCUGAAGAACAUGCCGAUUGAGAGACACAUCCGGCGCCAGGGUAAUGCACUGCAGUGGGUGCUGGACAAGUGUAAGAAAAGAUACCAUGUCAUUAACAAUGACACAUUCGGAGAGCACACACAGGUCCCGCAGCUGAUUAAAAAGUUGGAAGAGAUGGUAGCUGAGGAGGGCGGGCACUUCAUACCCAUGAAAGAGGAAGCAAAAGUCCAGAAUCAGGAUUCAGCUGAAGCUAUUGAUGAAAACUCAAACCCAAAAGAGGUGAAAGAGAAGCGUGAGCUUGGAGCUCGGCCCAAAGAGAACUGUUCUUUCAGCUCACUGCAGACUGUUGAGAGUCCCUAAAAUUUGAUUGAAGGAUCAUCUGAUUGAAAGAUGGGAACCGGAGAGUGAAUUCGUGCUGCUUUAUUACAUUCCUUGAUCUGAUGUGUUUUAUCUUUUAUUUAGUGAAUAUCUGCAGCUACAGGAAAUAACAAUUUAUUUACCUAAAACCAUGAAGUGAUGUAUUUAUUUUAAAUUGUGGUUGUAAAAAAAAAAAGAAGAAGAAGACAAACAGUUGAUCAGUUCUAACAAAGUUUUUACACUGUUAUAAUAAGGACUCAUUUUACUUGUAGCUACAUUAUUUCCCUUUUGUAUUGCUAUAUUAUUAUUAUUGUAUCCAAUAUUUCUCAGUUUCUUUUAAUUCAUUAAACAACCAAACUUGUGCCUUGACUAAAAUCUGCAAUUACCAACAUGAGCACAAGCAAUAAUAAAACAUCUAAAUGAGAAGGACAGAAACUUAUAAUUAGUAUCCUCCUCAUUUAGAUUUCUAAACCUUUGUUUAGCACAACUUGAAAACACAUUGAUGUUUUUGUAUUAACAUAUGAAGGUUUUUGUUGUUGUUAAAAUGUACUUUUGGGAACAUUUUUUAAAGGAGGAGAGAUACUUUUUUUUGACUGCUGUAAUUUUUUUUAUUGAGUUCUGUAUAUUUAACUUCUUUCGUGGUUCUUUUCAUUGUUCGAAAUUUAAUAAUAUUCAACAGAAACUGGACAAUGGUCAAGUUUUCACCAAGACAAACAGGGAAAUAGUAACUGCACAUUUUUGUUCUAACUAGUACACUAUUUUUUUUCUCAGCAGCAAUAAUACCAUACCACACUAUAAUACUGUUAUUUAAUGAAAAGUUUAUUGAUGAUGUUUCGAGAGAUACAUGCUGAUUUUGUUAUAUUUUAUUGUUUUUUAACACAAAAAAUGUCAUAAUAUAUAUGAUAUUAUGGUACCUGGAGUUUAAUAUAUCUGCUCAUAUAUAAAUUAAUUAACAGGUUAAAUAAUUUCACCUCUGUGUGCUGUACUUUUGCAAUCAGUAGAAUUUCUAUGAUUAAAAGAAAGUGUGAUCCAA